UCAAACAGCUGAGAACGUGCGUGUAAAGCCUGAGGGCACGCAGCAUUAGAUGCAUUGAAAGAAGAAACGCAGGGACACAGCAGCGCGUUACAACAUUUACCCACGAAAACCAAGCUUCUGCGGCACACACAUGAAAGAUGGUUUGAUGAGGACGCCUGGUAUUUGAUUUCUCUGUCACAUCUGAUGAACAGAGCGCGGAGCAGCCACAAAAGCAGCAUUUUGUCACGGUUUUUAUUGUUGAUGUUUGGCCUCGCUUAUUAACUCCCGACUAAACGAACGAUUUAGGGAGAAAAUCAAAUAGCCAUUUUUUAAAUAGCGCGAAGUGGAAGAACUGCGCGAGCCUUCGCCGUGAAAAUCAACUGCAGGAGCAGAAAUGUGAGCAUUUUUCACGCGACCAGCGACCACAUCUGAUGCUUAAUCGAUAAAGGGUCCAUCUCUUAGACCAUCAUUUUCAAGGCAACUACCACAGAUUAUAUCUUAUACUAAGAUGUCAUUAUUUCAUGUCGUGUUCCUGCUGCUCACUGGGCCGGGUGCGAGUUUGUCUCAAGCUGAGCAGCCAACAGUCCCAUUUGGCUGCAGAUUUGGGAUUCCAAGACCAUACACUCUCUUAUGUGACCUGGAUGCUAUGUGGGGGGUGGUGGUGGAGGUCGUAGCAGCGGCUGGUGUAUUAGUUGCCAUUUUACUGCUGAUAGUGUUACUUUGUCGCCUGCACUCAGUGACUGAGGCACCAAAGCGAAGUGGCAUCGGUCCGAUUCUCUUACUGUUAAUGGGCAUUAUUGGGCUGUUUGGGCUUAGCUUUGCAUACCUUAUUGAGCAUAACGAGAGCAUUUGUUUGGUGCGACGUGCCCUCUGGGGUUUGUUUUUCUCACUCUGCUUUGCUUGCAUGUUAGCACAGGGCUUGAGGCUGCGCAGGCUUGCACGUGAGUCUCGUAGCCCAGGCGGGUGUGCCCUCAUUGGACUAGUGCUAGGGUUAACAGCAGUACAAGGUAUUAUUGCUGCAGAGUGGCUUCUUCUAACAGUGCUGCGGGAGGGUAACCCGGCUUGCGAGUAUCAGCAACUGGACUUUGCACUCGCUUGUGCCUAUGUGGUUGCACUCCUGCUGUCUGCCCUAGUAACUGCAACAUUAGCACUGUGUGGGAAGGCACGACAAUGGCACUGUAAUGUUGUGUGGCUUCUAGUCUCCUGCUUGCUGUCCAUUCUCCUGUGGGUGGCUUGGGUUGGUUUCUACGUCUAUGGAAACAAAGUACUUGGAAAGUCUCCGGACUGGGAUGAUCCAGCAUUGGCUGUGGCCCUGAUAGCGCAGGGUUGGUUGUUAUUGCUGUGCCAUGCUGCUCCUGAAGCCCAUGCCUGUCUUCGAACACCAACUCAGCCUUCAGCUCCAGACUAUUUUGACACAUCUCAGAAUUCAUCACGCAUGAGAGAGGCCAGCCUUGAUGAGGACAUCCCACUUUCACACAGGCAGUUUGUGGAGAACCAGGGAUACGCGUUUGAUGAAAAUGCUGCAGGGUUGAGAAGUGGUAGCCAUCAUAACGGCAACACAGGAGUCAGACCCAGUGCACCCUUCAGAAGUAACGUCUACCAACCAACUGAGAUGACCAUGAUACUAAAUGGAGGAGCAGUUCCAUCCGCACCUCCCACAUAUACAGGAAGACAGCUUUGGUAAAGGAGUCUGGAAGAAGGGUGAAUGGAAAAGUGGUGUAAGAGAAAAAGAAAAAAAAAAUCUCCCAAGUGAAUGCGGACUUACAGUUAGGAACAACAUUAAAAGCCGCCAUUGCUCCAGUGAGACUAAAAUAAAGGACUCGGAUGAUGGUGUGGGUGUGUGUGUGUGUGAGCAAUUUGGCCAGCAUGAUAGAAGGAUGUUAAAACUGUACUACUCUUUGCACCAUCAAUAGCUGUAGUGAUUUGGAGUUAGUGUACUGGUAAAAGUAUUGAUGCAGUUUCACACAUUUCUCCAUUAAAUCAGCUUUUCAUUCCAACAGUAUUUUAAUUUUUAUCACCAUCUCGGAUACAGCUAAAUAUUUAUCUUGCUCUGGCUUCAGAUUCACCCUGAAGUCAAAUUGGGCUCUGUAUGUUACAUGAAGAAUUUACAGAUCUGUCUGUACUGCAGUGGUGAUUGUGCAGUAAAACUUGGACAUUUUAUCAUUCUGUGAUAACUAGAUACAGUAUUUGGAUUUCUCUGGUCAAAGUUUUUUUUUAAUUUCGUGAGUUGUCUGUGUAUGAAUGACUGGCGUGCGUGCAACUGUAGCGCCAAUCCCCAUGCAACAUGCUGUGACAAAUCUUUAGCGUUCUUCUAUGGACUUUUUUAGCUCAAAUCUCACUCAAU